CUUUACGGCAAUCGUGAAAGUGUCGUGAACGGGCUGCCGCCUAUCAGUCACUCAGUCGCCUGGAGUCGGAGUUGCUAUUUCUAGGCUUGUGCUUGUUGGGUUCGGGGUAAAUAGCCACAGAAGGCUACCAAACAAGAUAAAUAAUUGUCUCCAAGUAGAAGAAAACCAAGAUCCAUGAGUGGGCAUCGGUCAACAAGGAAACGAUGUGGAGAUUCUCACCCAGAGUCCCCUGUGGGCUUCGGGCAUAUGAGUACUACAGGGUGUGUAUUAAAUAAGUUGUUUCAGUUACCGACACCACCACUGUCAAGACAUCAAUUAAAACGGCUAGAAGAACACAGGUAUCAGAGUGCUGGACGGUCCCUUCUCGAGCCCUUAAUGCAAGGAUACUGGGAAUGGCUAGUUGGAAGAGUACCCUCAUGGAUUGCCCCAAAUCUCAUCACCAUCAUUGGACUAUCAAUAAAUAUCUGUACAACUAUUUUGUUAGUCUUCUACUGCCCUACAGCUACAGAGCAGGCACCUCUGUGGGCUUAUAUUGCCUGUGCUUGUGGCCUUUUCAUUUACCAGUCUCUGGAUGCUAUAGAUGGGAAGCAGGCCAGAAGAACUAACAGUAGCUCUCCUUUGGGAGAACUUUUUGAUCAUGGCUGUGACUCACUAUCAACAGUUUUUGUGGUUCUUGGAACUUGUAUUGCAGUGCAACUUGGGACAAAUCCUGACUGGAUGUUUUUUUGUUGUUUUGCUGGGACAUUCAUGUUCUAUUGUGCACACUGGCAAACAUAUGUUUCUGGAACAUUACGAUUUGGAAUAAUUGAUGUGACUGAAGUGCAAAUCUUCAUAAUAAUCAUGCAUUUGCUGGCAGUGAUUGGAGGACCACCUUUUUGGCAAUCUAUGAUUCCAGUGUUGAAUAUUCAAAUGAAACUUCUUCCUGCACUUUGUACUGUGGCAGGGACCAUACUUUUUGAAAAGCAUCCAUGUCUUUAUAUAUUGACAUUUGGUUUUGUGUCAGCUAAAAUCACUAAUAAGCUUGUGGUUGCACACAUGACGAAAAGUGAAAUGCAUUUGCAUGACACAGCAUUCAUAGGUCCAGCACUUUUGUUUCUGGACCAGUAUUUUAACAGCUUCAUUGAUGAAUAUAUAGUACUUUGGAUUGCCCUGGUCUUCUCUUUCUUUGAUUUGAUUCGUUACUGUGUCAGUGUUUGCAAUCAGAUUGCAUCUCAUCUGCAUAUACAUGUCUUCAGAAUUAAAGCCUCAACAGCUCACUCUAAUCAUCACUGAGGAUGUGUGUGGGUUCCACUAAGCUCAUGGUUCCUGCAAGAAGGAAUUCGAACAUACUAAGGAGAACAGGGGUGGAGAAGAACAAAUAUAAUUUAUAAUAAUCAAUGUCAUAUAACUUUCAUUCUUUGUCACUGGUAACACUCUCUAACUGUCCUGUUUAGAAUGUGGAUUUCAGUUCCCAUCCUGUAAACUGAAUAUGUUGUCAAACAGGGUUUGGCUCCAGAAAGCAUGCAGGGAAAAUACCGUGUGUUUGUGAUUAUUCAGAAUAUCACUGUCAUAGGAGCACAUCCCCACUGGUGGUGAAUCUAAUGUAAAAAAUUUGCAGGCCAAAAGAUGGUUGCUUUAUGAUUUUAACAAAUCAUCAUCUUUUAGUAACACCUGGUUUAUUGUCUUCUCAGAUGUUCUUUUGUAAGGAGCUCAGCUUGUGGCACAUACAUCUUACUAGCUUGUGAGGUGAGAGCAGUGAUAAAGACCUUAAAUUUGGAUGGAAGAUUUCCUGUCUGUACAUUGUUAAGAAAGUGAUUUUAUUAUCGAUCAAGAAAUGGUGUUUCUCACGGGCUUGGGAAAUCUCGCUAGCAUGCAGAUAAUGUGGUAACUUUGUCAAUCCAUUUUAUUUUUUUAAAUAAAUAUAUGAUCUCAGAAC